AUGGCGCAACCGCUGAAGAGGGCCAAGCUGAACAGCGAACAAGCACAGAACAUUUACGCCCAAAGCGAAAACAACAUGAGCGUCCACAACAUCUCGAUGAAUGCAACCCUGUGCUCCUCCCUCAAUCUAGAAAACCUCUACAAGCACUUUGCUAACUGCAUUUAUAACCCUCGAGAAUUCAAUUGCAUGCGAAUUGACGUGCCAGUGAGUACUCGUAGUAUAAAAAAGUACGUCAGGUUGGUAAAUGAAAAGGGGGACACACAGAAGAGGAGAGAAGGAGAUGUUGUGUCCUAUGAUGGGACUAAUGUAGCUAUAUCUCCACCCGGGGUUGAAACAACAUCCCAGGUUGUUGAAGCCCCCAAGGAAGAAGAGGCCACCAUUCCCCAUGGGGAUGCUACCCCCGAAGAGCAGAACGCCACGAAAGAAAAAAUCAUUAUAAACGUGUCUAUUUUUGCCAAUGGAAAAAUCAUCUGCACAGGAAAUAAUUCCAUCGAGGCGUGUAAAAUAGCCAUGAAGAAGAUUGAGAGGAAGUUAAAGCAGUUGAACUUUAAGAAUAUAAGCAUAAAGAACGUGACGAUCACAAACAUACUGGCUGUGUACAACAUCGGCUUCUCCAUCGUGCUGCCUGUGUUCGCGCAGUACUACAAAAGUGUCGACUAUGACCCCAAUGUGUUCCCGGCGUGCAAGGUGAAAAUCGCCGUCACGAAUGAGAGCGAGAAGGACACCUCCGAGGCGAGCGAGCAAGCCGAAGGGAACUUCGCCUGGAGCACCACCCGGAGCACUGCGGAAAGGGGCCGCGGCACGGUGGACGUCGUCUCGGCAAGCAUAUUCUCCACGGGCAACAUAACCCUCACGGGGGGAAGAAGCUACCAGAAUCUCCAGAGGUGCAUCGACAUUCUGUAUCCCUACCUCAUUAAAAGUAAAUCGCAGCACUGA